GUUUGUGUUUCUCCCCCAGCUUGAAGCUGCUAUCCACAACCCUGUUCAAUGUGCAAUGCUGGGGUUUUCAGCAGCCAGCACAUCCCUACCUCAAGGCUACCUCUGGGUGAGUGGAGGGGACGGCGCGCAGGGCCAGGUGGAGAUCUUCUCCCUGAACCGACCCAUGCCUCGGCCCGUGAAGAGCCUGCCCGUGGAGUCUCCGGUGCGCUGCCUGGACUACGUGCCCGAGCCGGGCCCCUCUGAGGACGAGGAGGGGGGCGCCCUCCGGAGCCCCACAGGGGUGGGGAACACCAUCUGCGUGGGCCUGGACAGUGGAAGCAUCCUGGUGUUUGGGAGCGUGGACACGGCAGCCCAGUGCCUGCUGAACCUCCACACCUCCGACGGCUCCCCUGUCCUCAGCCUGAAGCACUCUGCCAGGUACCUCUUCGCCGGGCUGAGGAGUGGGACCAUGCUGCUGUACGGACGGGCCCACGCCGGAGAGCUCUGGGAGCCAGCUUCCUGUAGGAGUGUGGUGGUGGGUCCGGAGCCGGUCCGAACGCUGCUGGUACUGGAGGAGUCGGUGUGGGCCAGCUGUGGCAACUCUGUCACCGUCGUCGAGGCGCUCAGCUUAUCCACUCAGCGGUUCGAGGUCCACCCUGACCCCAUGAUCAGCGUGGCCCACAUGGUACGGGCCGGAGGCGGGGUGUGGAUGGCGUUCUCCGAGGGCUCGUCCAUCCGCCUCUUCCACACAGAGACUCUGGAACACCUGCAGGAAAUCAACAUCUCCACCCGGGCCACUCUGCUCAACCCAGGCCAGAAGAUGCGUGUCACCAGCCUGCUGAUCUGCCAGGGGCUGCUAUGGGUGGGCACGGCGCAGGGCAUCAUCAUCACCCUGCCCGUCCCCAAACUGGAGGGCAUACCCAAGAUCACAGGAAAGGGUAUGACCUCUCUGAAUGCCCACUGUGGACCGGUGGACUUCCUGGUUGCCACGUCCAGCAUCCUGUCACCUGACCUCCUGAAGCGAGACUCGGUCGGCGAGUGUCCAGACUCGGCGUGUGGAGGAGAGGAGCGUAGUGACUCGUCUUCCCAGGAGUCUUUGCAGCACUCAGGCUCCUCCCAAGGCGGCGAUGGGGGGCGGGGCAAGGGGCGGGGCGUGCUGCUCCAGUACCGCCUGCGCACCACGUCGGGCUUGCCCGGGCGCCCGUUGACGGCGCGCGGCGACGAGGCGUCCGAUUCGUCCCUGGAGUCCCUGGAGCACAGCAUGGAGGACGGCUCCAUCUACGAGCUCAGCGACGACCCCGAGAUGUGGGUGCGCGGGCGCCCCUGCGAGCGCGAGGGGGGCCGGAGGGACAGGGUCACCUCGGCGGCGGUGAUUUCGGGUGGGAGGGGCUACCGCAGGCUGAGGGAAGGGGUGGCGGCGGGCGGCGCUGGAGGGGCGGAGUCUUCGGAGAACACUCUGAUGGUGUGGCAGCUCCCGUUGACUGUGUGAUCUGGGGGGGGGCUCCCCUCGCACGGUGGUCCGAGGCCAACAGGAGGCUGUCGUUCACCCCAGCAGGGCCAGGACACCUGCCAGUGAGGGAUCGGCAUCUUCACCAGCUGCCAAACGGCACCACGACAGGGAUAGGAGGACUAGAUGGACCUGCUGGUGCACUGACACGCUGCUGAGACCCCCAUGUGGCUCUGCGUAGCUUGUAUCAGCGUUGUCUUUAUCAUCUUCAUCACCAUCAUCCUCAUCCCUCACGCAGUUCCAGAGCUCCUAAGCUGGUCACCGAUUAGUCCAACUUCACAUACCUAAAUCCACCUUCAUACUUUAAUCAGGUCCGGCUGUGCUAACAAACACACACACACUUGGCACACAAACACACACACACACAUGCACGGCCACGCACACACACUCACACACAUUCAAAAAGUCCCUUGCGAGGAGCAGUGGACUGUGUUCCUUCGAGGGGGAGUCUUUGUUAUGUGUGCCAUGCUGCAGUGCUGGGAACCUCUUUCAUCCCCUCCUCUGGGAAGGAUCCCAUCUGUUUAGAGCACCAACACAGAGCACUACUCCGGCUUUCACAAAGUACACCAACAUCAGUGUGACGCCAUCCACCCUCUCCCUGGCAAUGUGAAUUACGCGAGCGUCGUCUCAUUGUACGUCAAAAGAGAGAGUGCUUGCGGCAAACGGACAGGGACCGUGACUGGAUGUGUUAUCGGUAUUUGUCUAAUACAUGUGAGUGUUGAAGGUCUACUGUCAUUAAUGUAGCACUGUUGUUUUUUUGGAAGUAGGAAAAGGAUGUUUAGUGGGAUAUGCAUGAUACUGACCCAUCAAUUGAUCACAAGGCCUUAUAAACAACUUCACUGGCUUGUUAAUGAACCACAGACAGUAACUAACAUCCCGUUCACAAGCAAUCAAUAGCACGCAAAUGGGGAGUCUGUUACCUGGAGUCUGUUGUAGAUGGUGUGUGUGUUACAAAUCCCAUGUGUGUCACAGAGACUGAAUGUGUUCCAGAGAGUGUGUGUGUAUUACAGAGAGCUUUGCGAAACACACUUAAGAGCAUGUGCAUACAGCCAUGUCUGACACAUCUCCACAACAAACAAAGGAUCUGCAUUUGUGCUAAAGGUUUACACCAUGCUACACUUUCACACUUCACUUUCUCACAGUACAAUAUGUUUUUAGUUUUAUAUAUGUAUAUAUAUAUAUAUAUAUAUAUAUAAAACCUAAUGGGAGUUAUGGAAAGAGAAAUCAAUGGUUUUCUCCCUGUAGCCCUUCCUGCUCUAGCAGAGUAGCCUACAGCAUUGUGAUGAGGUAGGCUCCUUCGUCUGCUCGUCGAAUACAACAGAUCGUCUUAAAAUGUUCUAACACUGGAUUCCAGACCGGGAAGGUUCCCAGGUGGAGACAGCCUGCCACCGUUGAACAAACCAUUUGAGUUUAAGAUGAGAGCUCCGUAAAAGUUUGGGAAGAUUGGAGAUUGGAACAAUGUACUGACAUAGAGUGUGUUAUGGCACUGAAAUGUUCUUUGGGAUCGCUUAUGGUGCUGAAUGAAAGCAGUACUUGAUGGCGCAUAACUAUUAGCAGAAACCACCCAUGAAGGGAUUAUGUUCUGCUUGCUGGCAGAAGGCCACAUCUCUUAUUGCCCUUGGUGACAUUUUUGUAAAUAUUAUGGAUGUUUGUUCUUCACCUCAGCGUCGAAAUGCAGGGUCCGCAUCAGAGUCAGGGUCCAUGUAUAAACUACAGACACAGUGUUUGUGUGCUACAAAAUUCAUAUUUCCUGUGCACUUGUCUCUCUCUCACACAAGGUUAUGGAGAUGCUCUUCCAGGAUAAAGGAGUUCACGGUCGAGCAGCCCUUAUGAAAUAUAUAUAUAUAUAUAUGUGAAUGCAUCUUGCUUUCACAUGUCCUGCACCUCCAGCAGAGCUGUCUCAAUAAAGCUGCAGAUUCAACCGAUAUCAUGUCAUAUCAUAACCAAUACUAUACAUCCCUCUAUUGUCCCUUUGAACCCAAGGACACACAACACAAACUCAGAGUGACUCUAUUGUCACAUCUAAUGGAAUAUUAAUGUGAUUUUCAUAGUUGGAAAUGAUGUGUCCCUCUAACAGUAUUGUGGUAGAUGGGUAGAUUUGCCGGAACAUUAGACAGAUCCUGUUAGACUUGCUUUGACUCAAUACUUAGAAAGUAAAAGGAUUUGUUGUAUUAAACUGUUCUAGCUGCUUCUUCAACCCAUGUCCAUUAAUAAACAAGUGCUUACACGUUUUCAAUGUUUGUACUUAAAAUUUCA